AUGAAGCGCACUGGUCCAUCUGCCCCUCCAAAAGUCCAGGGCAAGACCAGUGGAGUUUAUCUUUAUUUUUUUGAUUUUCGCAAGGUCAUCGGCGGGGUGGUGUCUUCUGAUUGGCCCCUUGCCGCGAGAGACUACGCUGGGCCAAGCGCCAACCGCUCGGCACGAGGUCGGAUCGGACGCGAGCUACAUAUUUGCAGAAUCACGUCUCUGAACUCUAGGCGAACCUUCCCAAACCUCGAUCUACCGCAUUCCAUUUCCUGCUUGCGACCUGCCCUGACACCUGGCGCCCCGACCGAAGCGGUCCCGCGAUAUCGAGAGCUUCGAGAAGCCACACGUGUGACCCGCGCACGGCAGCGGAACGAGACGAUGGCCGUCGAAACAGAUCAGAAUGCCUCUGCGCACAUCGGAGAGGCCGUAGUUGCCUUUGCGCUCGAGGGGCGCUUCCCCGACGAGCAGAUGUCAUCGCUGUCGCUGUCCUCUUCGGAUUUGUCGCCUGCGAUUGAUGCGCUGGAGCGGGCCAAGGGUGAUUUGGAGUCUGAAAUCCACACGAUCAACGAAGAGACCAAGGGCGACGUCAGCUCGUGGGUGCACAAUGCGAAGACACUACAGGAAGAUAUCUUGCGAUCCAAGAGACUGGCCGAUGACAUUGUCCGACAAUCGGAAGCGCCGCAAGUUUCGGGGAAGGCUAUACAAGAUGCGGAGGACCACAUUCAGUUUCUCGAGAAGGAGGUGCUAUACACGAACCAGCUGCACGACGCCCUCAGGGGUAUCCAGCACGUCAACGAGCUCUUGGGGGAGGUGGAGCAGGCGAUGAACGAGCGGCGCAUCAUCGAUUCACUCCGGUGGCUAGAGAAAUCUUGGACGGAGCUCGAUGCCGUCCCAGUUAACAAGAAGGCAUGCCGGAUCAUGAGGCUCCUCGACGUAAGGGCUUUCGAGCUAAAGUCACACGUUCACGACGUCUUCGACCACGUCUGGGCAUCGCUCGUUCACACAGAUCUCGAAGCCGGCUCCUUGGCUAUUUAUAACAAGUUGGAUGACGAGCAAAUGACGCUAUCGGAAGCCAUCAUUGGUCUCCAGGCCUACAAAGAGGUUGAAGACCGCAUGUCCAAGCUGUGGCACGAUGUCGACAAGGCCAUUGUGUUUCCGCGCAUGGACACGCAAGCUUCAUCGCUGCCUUCCAUCCGCGAGACUGAGAACGUUGUGGAAUUGAAUGGUCAAGCUGGCAGAUCAAUCGACGAGCUAUUCACGGAUCUCCAAAAGAUGGUUGAGUUCCUAGCCAAGAGACUGACACCGGACCUCCUCAUGUUCUUCAGCCCCAUCAUGAUGAGCGACCUGGUCCCGAGGCUCAUCUCAGUCUGGCUCGACUCAGAAGUGCCCUCAAAUCUCAAGGACCUCGGGAGGUUCCAGGCUGUCAUCGAAUCUGCACGGCGCUUUUGCGAGGUCCUUGAAGACAACGGAUUCACUGGGUUUACGGAGCUCAAGGAAUGGGUUGGCAGUGCGCCGUCAAUAUGGCUUGCAAAGUGCAGAGAAACAGCCCUUGAUUCGGUCAGGGUGCAAAUGUCAAACGGUCUCGGCGCCACAAAGCAAGUCGAAAAGGUGGAAAAGCAAAUGGUGUCUCGGUCCGAAGGCAAGGAGUUGACGGCGAACGGUGUAGCCGGUACCGUCGCAGAAGAUGACUGGGGCGCGGAAUGGGGAGUCGACGAUGACGAGGAACCAGAAGCUAAAGGCGACACACAAGAGGAAGACGACGGUGCUGAUGCCUGGGGAUGGAACGAUGAGGAGCAAACUACAGAGACCGCCCAAGAGGAGACCGCGCAGGUUGAGGAAAAGACGGCAGACGAUGAGGACGACGCAGCCGACGCGUGGGGUUGGGGGGAUGAUGAUGCGACAGAGCCAACGGAGCCAGAACCGAAGCCUCAAGCAGCAAAGACGCAGACGAAAAAACACAAGACGGUAUCUGCUGAGCCAGAUGAGAGCAGGGAGAUGGUUCUCAAGGAGACGUACCACAUCUCCUCCAUGCCGGAGCCGGUGCUGGAGCUUAUACUGGCCCUCCUCGAAGACGGCGCGGCUCUGACACAGCCCGAGUAUGUUGCGAGCUCAUGUCAACACGGUGAUCCUUCUAACAUUGAUAGGUACGAAAGUAGCCCAGUGGCAGCCGCCGGGCCGGGCCUCUUCAGUUUGCCGACAUUCGCAUUAGCCAUGUUUCGAGCAGUGUCGCCGCACUACUACUCACUCGACAUUGGCGGGAACAUGUUCCUCUACAACGAUGCCAUGUAUUUGUCUGAGAAGCUGGCUGAUUUGGCAUCAACGUGGAAGUCACGCGGGGAUCUCACCACACGCGCCCAGAACAUGCUGCGCAUAGACAACGACAUCAAGAGCCUGCAGAACUUUGCGACGCGCGCAUACACUAACGAGCUGGGGUUGCAGAAAACGGUGCUGCGAGAUCUGCUAGGAGGCGAUCAAAGUCUCAUGCAGCAGGAUGAACUGGACAGUUGCGUGGACUCGGCACUAGCGCGGGUCAGAUCCAUGGCGGUGACAUGGGAAUCGAUUCUCGCACGCUCGGUGUGGUACCAGGCGGUGGGGUCGCUCCUGGAUGGGCUGUCGUCCAAGAUUAUCGGGGAUGUCAUGGACGCGUCGUCCAUCGGACAGGACGACGCGUACGGGAUCGCGAAGCUCAUUGCAAAGGUCACGGAGCUCGACGACCUCUUUCUGCCGUCGCGGACCACGGGGGCGGCGGCAGCAGACGAGAUUCCGACAACGGCGCAGUACGCGGCCACGUGGCUCCGUCUCAAGUACCUGAGCGAGGUGCUCCAGUCCAACCUCAAUGAGGUCAAGUACCUCUGGUGCGACAGCGAGCUCAGCCUGUACUUUUCGGCGGACGAGGUCGUGGACCUCAUCGAGGCUAGCUUCGACGCUAACCCGCGGAUGAGGGAGACCAUCCGGGCGAUUCGGGAGACCCCCAGCCCCGUGCACGGCUAA